CGCGAUAUAAAUGACGCAAGAUGAUUGAAUUGUAAAAGAAACAAGCUUCUUGAUGCGAAUAACGUUAUUUAAUGUAACAUUUUAUAUAGCUGAAGAUUGGAAUUAUUUGGGAAAGAGCAUAUAGGGUGUCCGUUAAUGAAAGUGUGGCGGUUAAAUAAAUGCACAACUUAUCGAAAUGCGAGAAUCACAUAAUUCGACGGCAGAUUAGGAAUAUUGAAUAAUUCCUUAUUUUAUAAAAGCAGAUAUGUGACUUUUUUUACAUAAAUUAUUGUUAAGUAGAUUUAAAUCUUGCAAGAGCAAGAUUGCAAUAUUAUUGUAAGUAUCAGUAAGUAUAUACGAACAAACGGUGCAAUGACUACGUUUACCGAGUCGAUUACGGGGAGAUGUCUUUCAAUGUGUCCGGAGAAAGAAUGGCGAAUGAGAGAGAGGGAAGGUUUGUUACAUAAAUUUGAAAUUACUGAUGAAACGCGAAACGUGAAGAAGCCCAAGGCUGAUCCUGCCAAGACCAUAAAAUGCUUCAGUCGUUCUGCUGCUGGUCAAAACAUGACAGAUCCAUAUGCAUUGCGUCCACCACCUGUGUUAUUGUAUACUAUUAGAUACUUGUUCACAAAGAUAGCUACACGAACAGAUUCAAAUUGGGUAUUAAUAUACGACUUUAUAUUCGAUCGAUUAAGAUCGAUACGACAGGAUGCCACUAUCCAGAGAAUUGAUUGUACUACGAGUAUUCUUCUUCUAGAACCGAUUGUUCGAUUUCACAUUUAUGCCGCGCAAAGGCUGUGCGAAAGAAACAUUUCGGAAUUCGACGCAAAAAUAAAUAACAAGCACUUGUCGGAAUGUAUCAAACAGUUACUCGUGUUGUACGAUAAAUGUGAUCGUAAAGAUACAACAGACGCAAAAAGUGAUAUAGAAGUGUGCGAAGAGUUUAAAAAAUUGACAUUGAACGAUAGCCGGUUGGAAAUUGAGGCUUUAUACAUUUUGCUUCAUAUUGGAGAUCAAGUUGCUCUACAAAAAGCUCUUACAUUAUCGCCGGAUUUUAAAAAUUCACCAAUAAUUCAAUUAGCUAUAAAAAUAUCGCUUGCUUGGUAUCUAAGAAAUUACGUCCGCGUUCGCCGUCUGGUCCAACAGUUACCUCCAAUACUGGCUUGUGCAUUCUUUUGUAAUUUACAAAGUUUCAGAAGGAACAUUUUGCAAAUCAUGAGCUAUGGCUACAGUAGCAAAGUAUUGACAUUCCCAGGAAUAAAACUGCAAGAACUUUUGUUCUACAAAGAUAUAAGCGGAGUCCAAGCAGAUUGCAGCUUGUUCGGCUUGACAUUCACCAAUGAAAAUGUUCUAUUUCAGAAAUCACAGUUUAACGAACAAAUCUUUCUGGUAAGUACGAAAUUCAGGAGUCGAUAUCACGUAAAUGAAAUACAAAUACUUUACAUUUUCCAUUCGAUUGAUCCUUCUUAUACGUUGUAGGCCAAUCCUGAGAUGCAUUACACCUCUGCCAAGUUACACACGUAUCUACCAAAAAUUCUUUUGGAAUGUACGUCUGUUUCAUAAUAAACACUGAAUCUCUCUCUCUCUCUCUCAAGGCUUUGUUUUGUACAUCUUUCGCACUAGCGGAUCUACUAAUAAACGAAGUUUAAAUC